AUGCCACCUGAGGCCGUGUUCCACAAAAUCAACUACGUUGCACCGAACUCCGCCCUCAAGGUGGCCACAUUCUCCGCCGCUCCGGCUCAUUACGAGUACGGUCCAGCUGUUGCGCCUACACUGACUAAGUACAACUACGCUGCAGCAGUGCCCCAGCAGUAUCAAUACGCACACUACCCACAUCAGACGAUUCAGGUCUACCAGCAUCAUCAUCCGCAUCAGGCACCGGCAGCCACGGCAACAAUCAUCACCAAUGCUGCCGGUCAACUACAGUACCUGCACCAUCCUCAGCAACAGGCGGCCACGAUCUACACGGCCCAUCAACCGGCAGCCGCUGUCCAUUACACGCUUACUCAACCGGCAGUUCAGCAAUCGGUGGGCCAACAGGCGCAGGCUGGAACCAUCCACUACCAUCAUGCCCACCAACCCCAGCAUCCCCAGCAGACGACCUUCGUCGGAGUGCAGCCUUCGGUUCCCGUUGUUCAUCAAGCGCCGAUAGCCGCCAUCAAUCAGGUGCACCAGGCCAAUCAGGUUAUUGCGGCCCAAGCACAACUGGUCAAGUACCCACUGCCGACGGCUUCGCCCAUUUACGCCACCAACGCGGUCCAGAACCAUCUCUAUCAGCAACAAUCGGCCAAUUACGGAUCAUAUGCCGUUCCAGUGGCAGCCAAACAAUACCUAUCAACUGUCGCUUCUCCCACCGUAGCCACCCCUUCCCAUAUCAAGCAGCUGAUCCCGGUGACGACAGCGACCACCACGCAGCAUCACGGCAAGGGCGUCAGUUAUUCCACCUUCACCCAGCAGGCGAAUCCCGCCUCGUUGGGCCACCAGCAAAACCAGUCUCCAUACUACAACACGGUCAUCGCCCAACAGUACCAACAGCAGCAACAGCAGCAAAGUCAAGCCCAGCAGCAACAGCAACAGCCACCGGCAGCCCGCUUCCAAGUGUACUCCACGUUGGCUACGCCGCUGCAGAAGCCCCAAGUUCUGUACGCCGCCCAUCAAUACGCCCAACCGUCCAUCCCGGCAGCCAUCUACGCCACUGCGGCCAGCCCUUUUCAGCAGUUUCAACAUCAACCGCAGUCAUCGUACCCGCACUACGGCAGUCAGUUUUUCCACCCUCAACCACCCCAGCAUCAACAGCAGCUGCAACCUUACGCCCAGUUGGCCAAAAUCGCGUACAACCCGGGAGCCGCUUCGCUGCAGAAGGGAUACUAUCCCGUUCAAUAGAUCCGACCAGCGCAUUUCAAUCCCUGCCCCCUUUUGUUCUAGCGGAUCGAAGUGAUUGUGAAUUGGCUGCCAUCAUCAUUGCGUUCUGUUUUAGUUUUAGGUUUUCUACCAUUUAGUAGUUACGUUGCAAUGACACACACACACAUUCCCGACGUCAGCCCCAUGGAGUCUCCUCAGCGUAGUCCCCCACUUCCGUUCUCGAUGGUGGAUGCGUUUGCUGGUUGGUGUUUUUGUUCGAUAUUUAUUGGUGUUUUAGAUAAGCUCCAAGCAUAGAUUUAGGCCUCUGUGUAGGUCGCAAUUGAAAUGGAUUAGACAAUAGACAUCUGUUGGAUUGUUGAUUUUGAUUGACUGAACGAGCAAUGCUCGGGUAGGUUAAA